UGCACGUGUAUUGUAUUUUGCUUUGUUAAUUUGAUAUGUAUGAAUAUCUUGAAAUUAAUUUUAUUUCUACCUCCCGUAGAUAUUCGCCUCCAGCUUAACGAACACCUAAGAUGUUUGGACAGCCGGGUCGAAGCACAAGUGUCCUUGGUAUCCGAGCUCCAAGACUUCUUCAGGAGGCGGGCCGAAGUUGAAAUGGACUACAGCAAGAGCCUAGACAAACUGGCUAAAAGCUUGCAAUUACGCCACAAAGAACAAAAACAAAAGAGAGAACAGUGGUCACUGUUUACUAGCUACUCGUGUUGGCAGCAAUUAGUUUUGCAGACAAAAAAUCUCAGCAAAGAUCACGGGGCGUUAAGCGAACUUUAUUCUACACAUCUAGUCAGCCGGUUAUCUCAAGUAGCAGAAGACGUGCAGAGGAUAUACAAAAGAUGUCGAGAGAUCUGUUACGAAAUCCACGAAGAGAUACUCCGCGUCCUACACGAAUUGCAUACUACUAUGAAAACGUAUCAAUCUUACCAGUCGGAAGCAAAACAAGCAGAAGCCAAACUCAAAGUAGCCGAAAACCAAAGACUGAAAAUUGAGCAAGCAGUUCCUAAAGAAAAGCUUGAAAAAUCUAAAAAAGUUCGGCUUAUCGGUAAAGAAGUGCAAAAGCGGAAAAAUAAAUAUUUCGACGCUAAACUAAAAGCGUUAAAAGCUCGCAACGAGUACAUUUUAUGUCUCGAAGCAACAAAUAGCACAGUACAUAAGUAUUUUGUUGACGACCUGUCUGACCUAAUGGAUUGUAUGGAUUUCGGGUUUCACCAUUGUGUCACCAACGCUAUGAAAAUGUAUACCUCGGCCGAGGAAAGUCGCAUACAUUCCAUGCAAACGGGAUUAGAUGCAUCCAAUCUGAUAGUUUCGGCUAUGGAUUCGGGAGUGGACAAACAACGAUUUUUAGAAUCUAACCAUACCGCUUUUAUGAUACCUAAGAAAUUUGAAUUUCAGGGACAGAGAGAUGAGUAUGCCGAGCCAGAGUUGCAAAAAUUGCUCUGUGCCGAUAUGGAAACUAGACUAGAACAAUUAGAUCAACGUGUGACAACUUUGCAUACGGAGUCGGAUGAAGUGUGGAAGACAUUAGCAACUGCCGAAAAGACUCUGCUAGAGAUGCUCACGGCAAAUGACUACGAUUGCAGUAGUUACUUCGGUGAAAAGGCUAUACCCACUAGCAAGCCACCGGAAACAAUAACGAUUAAAUUAAGAGCUGACAAACAUGAGACUGAAGAAUUUUAUUUAACUAAGUUACGUGAUUAUUUAAUGAGAACAAGUCGAAUCGUCCGUCUAGACGCCAAACAACAGCAUAUCAAUGAAACCUUGUCAACCAUAUGUUUCAAGCGUCCUCAAAAUGGCAAUUCAGAGUCGACACCUGCAAAACAGACGCCCCAACGGCCGAUUCACAAACCGAUAGUCCGCAGAAAAAGAAUUGGAAGAUUACAAAUGAAUGGACAGCCAAAACUGUUUGGCGGAUCUCUUGAAGAGUAUUUGGACGCUACUAAUCAAGAGAUUCCGUUGGUAGUGAAAAGUUGUAUUCGAAUUAUUAACUUGUUUGGUUUGCACCAUCAAGGGAUUUUCAGAGUAUCCGGAUCGCAAGUAGAGAUAAAUAAUUUUAAAGAGGCGUUCGAGAGGGGAGAGGACCCACUUGCUGAUAUGACUGAUGCUUCAGAUAUUAACUCUGUUGCCGGCGUACUGAAACUUUAUCUAAGAGAACUUCGAGAACCCUUAUUCCCAAUUAUAUACUUUGACCAGUUCAUGGAACUUGCCCAAUUAGAAUCAAGGCAUCAAUUCGUAAUGAAAAUGAAAGAGUUAGUUCAAAGUUUUUCAAGUCAAGUAGUCGUCAUGUUAAGAUAUUUAUUUGCUUUUCUCAAUCAUUUAUCAGAAUUUAGCGAUGAGAACAUGAUGGACGUUUAUAACUUGGCUAUUUGUUUCGGCCCUACGCUGGUGCCAGUUCCCGAGGAAAAAGAUCAAGUGCAAUAUCAAAACCUCGUUAAUGAUCUCAUAAAAAAUAUAAUACUUUUCCACGAAGACAUUUUCCCGUCAUCAACAGAGAUAGGUGGAUUGGUAUAUGAAAAAUAUAUAUCUAGAGAACCAGAUGAUGCGGAUGUAGGAGAUUCGCCAUCGGAUCACGCUCAAGAAGACAUUGAUUCAGAGGUUUACCCGUCAGAAGACGAGUGUGAAAGUUUAGAAGCCACUGCUCAGUACGAUUUUUCUGCUCGAUCCGAACGAGAGUUAAGUUUCAAGAAAGGCGAAACAAUAGCUUUGCAUACUCAGGUGUCAGGAGACUGGUGGCGAGGCUGUAUUAAUGGUCGUGAAGGUCUUAUACCUGACAAAUAUAUACUUCUCAAAAUAAGAGAUGAAGAGAAAGAGAAACCCAUAACGGAACUUUGUUCAAAAUCGAUCACUUCCUCAGACGACUCAACACGUCGGCGAACUUCUAGUUCCAAUGAUUCUGUGAUAUCCGAAUCUGCUGCUUCUGGGUACUCUUCUCCGCCUUUAGGAGAAGUACCUUGGCCGCCUAACGGACCUAACCAGGCUGAAAAGUAUGACGGCAACAACUGCUGUUCGAUCAUGGUGACAUCGGCUGCAUCUUCGUGUACCUCGUCGUCUACAUCGCCACCACCUCCACUGCAUACUCAUCACUCCAUGAACAACACAACAGCUCACGAGAUUAUUGGUAGUAUGGAUAGUUUAGAUUCUGGGAAAGGAUCAGUUUUAGAAGAUCAGUCUCACACUGAAGAAAUCUCAGAAUUAAUUCUUAUUCCAGCAAGAGAAGAUAAUAUCAAUUUAUACAAAAAACAUACAGCUGUAUCGUCAGUAGUGCGCGAACAUCAUCAAGUUAGAUCAAAGUCCGCAGAUGGUACUGGAAGGUCACGAAAGAAGCAUGCUAAGAGUUUAAGUAUGGGUGAUGACUCUUUUGAUCAUAAAAUACAACUAUGGCGUAGACGAGCAGAUUCUCAAGGAUCAAUGGAAUACCGUAAAAUAACUAAACAACAACUGACUCAGCCACAACAAACCAUUGUAAAAGUGAGUGGUGGAGCUCCAGAUUUAGUUAUGGAUUUGCCCAUAAGAAAAAUAGAUGCAUCAAUUACAGAAUCUAUUGGAUCAGAUGUCAAUAGUGUCAAAAGUUGUAUUAUAGUAAGUGAUCCAGACAGCCCAGACAUGGGAACAACUGCUGAGCGUUUUGCUAAACAAAAUCAAUGUACGUUAAAAAAAUAUAAUAAGCCUUUACCACAAUCCAGCAAAAGUAAACCUGAAUUACCUCCCAAAAUGACCAAGCCUCCUAUUAAAGCAAAACCACAAAUUUUCAAAAAACCUUACCCGCUUCCUCCUGCGACCCUCAAAGUGACUAGUAAUGAUGAAACAAAUUUUAAAAAAUGAGAUGGUUAUAGACUCACCAACAAUUGGUAAUGAUUUCGAAACUUAUUUUGUGUACAAAAUAAUUGACGAAAAAAACAUUUAGUUACCUUAUGAAAAGUCUGACAGUUUGUUAUAUUUAUUUGAUUUAUUAACAUAACUCAUUCAUAUCAUGAAAACCUUUAGUUUGUAUAAAACAGUUUUCAUUUUUUAUGAAAUCACAAAAAAAUUUUUGUUUAAAAGUGGUAGUGAAAAAAAUUAUUAAGAUUUAUACUGAACCUUCGAUUUUUUUGUAUUAUUUUUUACAACUAUAAUGUAUUCUAUUAUAAUAUGUAUUCAUAUUGUUUUUUUUAUAAACUUAAUCUAUUUAUUUUAUUAACUCCAUAAAAAAAAAAGAGAUUUUAAAACCUUUUUAUUCUUAUUAAUAAUUAUAAUUUUCUAGUAUAUUUAAAUUCAUAAAUAAAUUGUACACGGUAAUUAAUUUAUUUUAAUUAUAAAAAUACUUCUAAUAAUUCUAAAAUAUGAAAAGUAUUUAAAAAUUAAUUUGUGCUCUUCCCUCUCUAUAUGAUACAGUUUUGUUUUUAUCAUAAAUAUAUAACUGUAACAAAAGUAAUUUUUUUAUUUUUGUGUGAGUAAUUUUAUAAAAUCAUAAAAAUAGGUAAUUUUUCAUGUUUUUGUAAAAUUUUAAAAAAUUAUAGAAAUUUGUGAACUUGUUUAGGAAUAUUGGAUUCAAUUUUUAUUGAUUUUAAAUUUUGAUGGAUUAAUAAUGCGAUAUUAUAUUGCAACCAUUAGUUUAACUAACAAUAUACUUUAUACAUUAAUUUUAUAAAAUAAUCAUUUACAAUUUAUUUACUAAAUACACUUUCAAUAUAAGUUUGAAAAUAUAAACUAAUAUAAAAUAUUUUUAUUACAUAAAUAAAAUUUAUAUUUAAAGCUCCUUUACUCAAAAAAUAAAUGAUAAUCCAUUUAAAAUUUUAUAACACAAAUAUUUUGAUUUUACAUUUUUUUCAUGAGUUAGAUUUCCAUAUUUUAACACAAUUUUUAUUUCUAUAAUAUUAUUAACAAUAAAUAAAUAUAAUUUCAUUACAUUCAUGAUUUUAUUAACUAUUAAAAAACUUGAUAUAAGUUAUGAUGAAGUAGGCUAAAUGCAAAUGAAUGUGGAGGUAGUAAUUAAUAUUCUCUUAGAAUAGAUUUUAUUUUAGAUUAAAAGUUUUGGUUCUUAUAAGAACUUCUUAUAUGAGUUUCUAUAAUACAAAAUGUAAGCUCAAAAUAAUAACAUGUGCAUUUAUUAAAAAAAAAAUACAUUUAUAAUUAUGCCUCUUCGUCCUUUAAUAAGUGAUCAUUUUUAUGCUAGAUUUAAAUUUUUAAGUAAGCUAAAAGAAAAUUAUUUAAAAAGUAAAUUUUUUAACUAAACUAGUUAAAAUUUUAUCUAUGCUUGAAAAUAAAUUAAUAUCUACCUUAAAAAUUAUUAAACAAUUUCUGAACCAUUUUCAUACUUAAAAUUGGACAAGUAUUAUUUCUAACUUAAAAAUUAAAAAUGUAUUUUGCAAUUAAAAAAAUAUAUAAAAAUGAACUAUUAGCUUAUGGUUUAUAGCUUCAUUUCAUAUUUUUAAUCAUUUAGUCAUUGUUAAUAAUGAUUCUUUUAGCUAUUUAAUGAAAGCAGUUUAGUAUUAUUAAAAAAAUGUGUUGUGUUUUUAAUAAAAUUAUGGUUAAGCUAUUCUCAUUGUAAGGUACAAUAUCAAGGGACACCAAACAACUUUACUAAUCUUAUUUUAUUUAUUAUUAUACAUAUUUUUUUGUAAAUAUUAAAACUAAAUGAUUGCAAUUUGCUUAAAAAAUUCAUUUAUUAUUAUAUUCAUUUCAGAAGAAAUAUUUUAUAAAACAUGUUAUCUUUUUUUUUUAUUUAUAUGAGAAAUUAAUUUUUUUGAAAGAACAGGGUUUUUGUAAUAUUGCUUUAGACACUGUGUAGAGUAACGGCACCAGUUGUCAAUUUUAAAGAAUCAUUAAUUUCCUUAAACUUUCUUGAGUUCAUUUGAAAACAAAAAAGAAAUUUAAUCCUUUAAACAAUUAUUUAUGUUUUAUCGAAUUUUCAAAAUUUUAUUGAUGUGUCAAUAACUGGUGAUAUUCCUGUUAUAUGUAUUACUCAUAAAUUUUCUUAUGCAAAUUAAACAUGUAAUCAUUAAUAUAACUUGAUAUUAAUUAAAUUAUAUAUAAAAUAUUAUAUAGCAUGUUAUAAUAUUUAUUUUUUGUAAAGAUAAAUUAAUCGACUAAGAGAUUUCAUUGAGAUAAAGUCGCUGUUAAAGUUUUGGUAAAGUGGAACUUAAAACAUGACUGUGAAUCAAUUUUAUUUUUGUAUAUAUUAUGGACAUUAAUUUAGUAAAAAUAAUCUAAAUGAUAAGCAAAAAGUACUACAUUUAAAAAUAUAACAUUUAUUACAUAUUUUUAUUAAAAAGUGUAUUUUACAAAUUGAGACUACAAUACUUGUAUUUUAUUUUAUAUUAUACAUAUUAUAAAUUAUAAAUUUUGAUGAAGUAUAAC